AUGCAGGAAUCCCUCUUGUCCAUUCUGUGCAGCGAAACCUGGCACUGGGACUCUGAGGACGCCAGCCAAAUUAGCUUUAAUGAAAACGGGACAGGCAAGCUAAUAUGUCGCGCCGAGCUCAAUGUCUGGAUUGCCGCUGAAUUUGACUGGCAACCACAUGACAAACAAGCACUCAGCCAAAUGGUUGACCUCGCCAAGCGCGACGGCUCGCCAAUCGACUUUCAGACAAAAGUCAACAUGACACUGACCAAGCGCCGCAUUCCGAGUCUCGGGAACGCAGACAUGAGCAAGUAUAACAUAAACGAGUCGCUGCUGGCACAAGCUGCCUUUGAGCCAAAGACGUACACGAUUACUCUUGACCAAGGAACCUUUUUCAGCCCCUACGACGCCCAGUUUCCCGGGGCGCAGACGGAAUUCACGCCCCUGUUCCGGCUUCGCUUGACAUUUGACACGUCGCCGUUCCCGCCGCGAUGCGAGUGGCAGGAGCCGCGGGGGGCGCCGGAUGCGCUCAAGUUUUGGGAGUGGAAGCAAUUUUGUGGGCGAGAAAUUGGCAAGCAGCAGUAG